AUGUCCAAAUUCGACCCGUACACCCACCUCAACAUAUCCCACGACCCCGCCACAGACACCCUGACCCGCCCCGCCACCACCCCCACGACGCCCACCAACACGGACCCCACCCCGGGAGACCCGGUCGUUUCCAAGGACGUCACGCUCAACCCGGAAACCCGAACCUGGGCCCGAAUCUUCCGACCCACCAAACUCCCGUCAAACGACAACACCGUGGCUCGGCUACCCAUCAUCAUCUACUUCCACCACGGCGGCUGGAUCCUCCUCUCCGCUGCCGACGCCGCCGCCCACACCAACUGCUCUCAGAUCACCUCCGAGGUUCCCGCCAUCAUCGUCUCCGUCAACUACCGCCUCGCGCCCGAGAGCCGGCUCCCGGCCCAGCACCGCGACGCCCUCGACGCAAUCCAUUGGGUCCGGGCCCAGGCCCAGGACCCGAAGGGCGAGAACUGGAUCCGAGACUACGCCGACGUGUCCAGGUGCUACUUGUACGGCUGCGGCUGCGGGGGCAAUAUCGUCUUUUUCUCCGGGUUGAAAGCGUACCAGCUCCAGCUCGAGCCUCUGAAGAUCUCCGGGAUUAUUAUGAACCAGCCCAUGUUCGGUGGGGUGCAGAGGACUAAUUCGGAGCUGCGAUUCGCUACGGACCAGUUGCUUCCGUUGCCUGUGCUGGAUCUCAUGUGGGACCUGGCUUUGCCGAAGGCGACGGACAGGAACCAUCGGUAUUGUAAUCCGAUGGCGGACGAAGUGCACAAAGAUUUGAUCAAACGGCUGGGACGGUGUUUGGUGAUUGGGUUUGGUGGGGACCCCAUGAUCGAUCGGCAGCAGGAGUUUGUGACGAUGCUGGUGGCUUGUGGGGUCAAGGUUGAUGCGCGGUUUGAUGAUCUUGGGUUCCAUAACGUUGACUUUGUUGACUCCAGGCGGGCCGCUGCCGUUUUGAACAUUGUUAAGGAGUUUAUCAUCUAA